AUGACCGUUGCAGUGUGUUCAGUAUGAGAGGUCAUGCUUCUGCUAAAGGGGCUCCGCAGUUUGACUCGUCCAGUCGGUUCUUUACUCUGAUAAUGCCGUAAAUAAAGAGCGAACACUGAACGGAACAGCUCGGCCGAGCAGCGUGAGGUUGGCAGAGGGAAAUGGGUCCAGCUGGCUUUCUUCCAUUUCUACAGCGUGUGAACACGCUAUCCUCCACAUGCACAUCAGCAGCAGUUAUUUUUUCCUUUCAGCUGCCCAGAGCAGGUCGGUGGCAUGGUCCUGUCUGCGCCCUGGUACGCCAUAGGAGCAUCUCUGUGGAGAAAGCCUUCAGCCAUCAUGGGUCAGAGUUGACAGACAAGGAGAGUAGACUGCUGGACAGGCUUUAUAAUGGACUCGUUGGGGGUCAGAGAUCGUCUCUUGCUGAGUCUAUAACUCUGGUGGAGACACAGCACCUGCGGAAGAAAGAGCUGGCCCAAGUGCUGCUACAGAGAGUCCUGGCCUUUCGGCAGGAGCAGGAGAGACUGAGUGGGGGGAAACCUGUGGCCUUCAGAGUGGGUCUGUCUGGUCCUCCGGGUGCAGGGAAGUCCUCUUUUAUUGAAGUCCUGGGGAAAAUGCUGACUGGAAAAGGCCACAAAGUCUCAGUUCUGGCUGUUGACCCUUCCUCCUGCACAACUGGAGGUUCACUGAUGGGGGAUAAAACGCGGAUGACGGAGCUCGCCCGAGAUAUGAACGCAUUCAUCCGCCCUUCACCAACCUCUGGCACGCUUGGUGGCGUGACGAGGACCACCAAUGAAUCUAUUGUCAUCUGUGAGGGUGCAGGCUAUGACAUCGUCCUGGUGGAAACAGUGGGUGUUGGACAAUCUGAGUUUGCUGUGGCUGACAUGGUGGACCUUUUUGUGUUGCUGAUUCCACCAGCAGGGGGUGAUGAACUUCAGGGAAUCAAAAGAGGAAUCAUUGAGAAGGCUGACCUGGUGGUAGUCACAAAGUCAGAUGGAGAGUUGGUCAUUCCAGCACGAAAAAUCCAGGCUGAAUACACAAGUGCUCUGAAGCUGCUUCGAAAGAAAUCCAAAACUUGGAAUCCUAAGGUGGUUCGGGUUUCUUCUCAGACAGGUCAAGGUGUGCCGGAGCUGUGGGACAUUAUGCUGCAGUUUCGUGAUGCCAUGCUGACCAGCGGUGAGCUGCAGACACGAAGGCGGGAGCAGCAGAAAGUGUGGCUGUUUAGCCUGAUCCAGGAAAAUGCCCUACAGCACUUUAGGGAACACCCGGCGGUGCAGGCUGGGCUACCGGAGAUGGAGCGGAGGGUGACCCAGGGCGAUAUCUCACCCGGACUAGCUGCUGACCUUUUGCUGAGGGCCUUCAGGUCCUCACAGUAACAAAGGCCCAUUGUAUAUUUUUCCAACGAGUACAGCAAAUUCUCAGAGUUCAAUUUAAGGAAUACGCCAGCCCUUUUCUACCUAAUCUCUGUUGAGUGCAUCUGUAGCAUACAGACAAUUUCCACGAAUGAAAAUAGUGUUUUCCUGCAGGCAGAAAAGAACAAAAAACCUGUUGACUUGAAACGCACUUAUAAUAGAAGCCAAUGGGUAGCUGCUGAAGCAACUUUGGUUGCUGACUGUAUGCUACAGAUGUGGUAGACGCUGUGGUACUCCUUUAAAGAUUAUACAGUUCAUCCCUGCCUCACAAACGUAACUGAUCAGCAAAGACAAUUGGUGUCCCUAGUUUGCUUCUUUAGCAGUGGAGCUGCAGGACUAACAUAAGUGUAGUUAGAUUUUGGGUGACGGACCUCAAUUGAAUUUUUUGUACAAUUAGCCUUGUAGCUCCAGUGCAUCGCUAAAGGACCCAAAACUUGGAUCACUAAAUAUAUCUUGUUGACUAUGUUUGGGGUCAGGAGAAAGUUGUGUAAAUGAGAUUUUUCAAGGAACCAUUCUUUUUAACACUAAUGAUCUUGAAUUAACUAGUGUUCAUUUGUGUCUCGCUGGACCUGCAAAUACUGUACACAUUAAAUUAAUUCUGAGGAUUUUUCUGCAAAGGAUCUUAAUAAAGAGAAUACAAUGUGUUGUUGCAGAAUACAAUCGUAGCAGGUCUUACUGUUUUGGUAGUUCAGUGGGUAUCACAACACUUUUAAUGAUUUCUCUGCUGUAAUACAUGAUUUCAACUCAUAAAGGCUUCUAUAUGACGUACAUCAUGUAUUGAUUAGAAAAUGCAAAACUCUCCAGUGCUGUAAUUUUUGGAUUGUGCAACAAAACUGGAGAUAUGUAUGGCCUGCUGAGCUAAGUGAGUGCAGUCUUUGCUGGUUUUGAAGCUUUGAUAGCUUUUUAUUAAGUGAAUGGCACAGUACUGGAUUUUAGUGAUUUCUCAGCUGUACUUCUCUUGAAUCAACUCCGGAAGGUUGUUAAACAGCUCAUAAAUUGACUCUGUUGUGAUCGAGAAGGAAACUAUGCAAUGCUGUACACUUAUGGGGUGGCAGGUACUGAAAAACUAUAUGUAUAAACUAACAGCUUGCAAAUGAAGUUAGCAUUGACCUGAAUUGAA